AUGCCGAUCGAUGGAAAAAUUUUGACACAUAUUGACCAUCAUGAUAUAUUACGUCAAGGUUCAGAAGCUAUUCGGUGUUGGUCUCGUGGUGAAACAGUACCUGCUUUUACACCAGAUGACUAUGCACGGGAACAUAUUAAUUGUAAUGGAUGUAAUAUGAUACCACUGAUUGGAAAACGAUAUCAUUGUUCAACAUGUGAAGAUUACGAUCUUUGUUGUGCAUGUCAAUCGUAA